AUGAAGACAGACAAAGACUUAUCGAUGCCACAGUGUGUCCUUACGAAAACGAUGCGGGCACUGACAACGAAAAAAAGAGAGUUUAUUAAGUUACGAAAGAAUCUUAUAUCGCAACAGAAUUUAUUAUUGGAAACUUAUGCAUCAUUAAAAGAACUCGAAACAAAAGUAGGAGUCACUGAUGACAGUUUGGGAGAUAUUCGUUUGUUAUCAGUUUCCAAUUGGCCAGCACACGACCUACUGCUACUCGUGAGGAAUGAUUUAGCAACACGUCAAAAUUUAGACAUAAGGGAUGGUUUUGCACCUCAAGUGCUACAACAGCUGUACGCGCAGUUGAAACUGAUUUCUGAAGAGGUAUUGACCGCAAAUACGGAGAUAAUUGCGCGACGAAAUGAAAUUUUAAAUCUUAUGCGUUCUAAGUAUCGUGCUGAUCGAUCUACUUACCUGACAAAUCUAGAAUGGAAAAAUAAAAAUUUGGAAUUCGAUGAGCAAACUGAGAGAAUAAAUAAAAUGGCAACUGACUUAGCACAGAAUUUGGAGGUGAAAAUAAAUCAAGCGCUUGAAUUGGCAAAAAUACCAUGGGUUGAUCGAGAAGCGUUAGUUAAUAAAGUAGAACGCUUGCAGAAUGAAAAUUCAAUUUUGCAACAGAAAAUAGAAGAUAUUUCAAAACAAAAUAGCGAAGAUUGCAACGAAGAGACAAUGAUAGCGGCUUCAAAAUAUGAGGGUCUAUCCGAAGAAUUGACGAAAGAACGAACCGCAAAAGAAGCGCUAAAGGAAGUAGUGUCUGCAGCUGAAAGUAUGCUCCGGGUCGCACGAUCUCGCAUUGCAACCUUGGAAAGACAACUCAAGGAAACGAAAUUUGAACUUGAGACAGCGCGGCGCAAGCAUAAAGAAUUAGAACAACUAUAUCGCCACCGCGAGACGAGUUACGAUACUCGGGCGAAGAAAUUAAUGGAAGUUUCUAAGACUGGAGAAAUGACUAUAGAGGCAUUGUCGCAGCAGCGUGAUGCCCUUGAACUGAGGGUUAAAGAAUUACGGGAGCAAGCUGAAGCAGCCGAGAAGGCAGCAGCAGAUCGUGAAGAUGAACAACGAGCGCGCGUUGAUUACCUACAGGCGAAGGUAGCCGAAAAGGAAAAAGUUAAGGCAGAAGCCGAGUUGCAUGUAGAUGAACUCAGAUGUCGAAUCAAAGAACUAGAAGACGAGUUGUUAGUGCUACGAGAACGAUGUGCGCGGCUCGUGGAUAUCGAGAAACAGCAUUGUCUGGAUUAUUUACCUGCUAAAGAAAACGAGCCAUCGGAUCGUGAGACUGAAAUUUGGAAAGAGCUUCAAAUAACACGAGCCGCACUGACAAGAGUUGAAGAUGAACUGCGCCAGAGCCGCGCUGAUAAAGACAGUUUUUUAAAUUCGCUGUCGAGAAUUGCACAAGAGGAGGGCGAUAAAGAAGAAAAAAUGGCCACCGAGUUGUUGGAUAGGGAGCAAAAAAUCUCAAGAUUGCAACUUUUAAUAGAAGAACAGCGGGAAAACGAAAAAAUAAUGGAGCAAGGCAUGACCGAUUACGAAAACCAAUUGGCAGCUUUACGGCUUGAGGUGAAACGUUUGAAGAAUUACGACUUCUACGCCCGUGACACUCCUUAUCAGGAUCUUCAAACUGAGUUGUUGGAAAUGCAAAUGCAAGUGGCAACACUGACGCGUGAACGAUCAGCUUUGGUGACUGCGGCCGCAUCGCGCGCCUUAAUGCUGGAGAGACACGAGCGAGCUGCCGAUUUGUUCGCCAAAGUUACCAGAGCACGCCGGGAGCUGACUGCACAACUUGAGACUCAGAGCACAAGGACAAAUGAAGAUACGAGUGUUGACGUAACACUGUCUUCUUUAUGCGCAAAUGCGGCAGACACGUGGUCGGCGUUGCAAUCGGAGAGAGCCCGUGUGCUUCAGUUGGAGAGCGCAGUGCUGGCACAAAGCCUACAGCUGGAGAGAGAAGGUCGUGUGCGUACGCAACUGGAGAGACGCAGAGCUUUAUUGGAGAGACAAAUCAUACGCGCUCAUCACACACCCACCUCAGAAUGUUCUUUGAUGAGUAAUCGAAGCUUGUUAAUAUAA